AUGAAGAUCACCGCUUACGUCGCCGUUAUCGCUGCUGCCGUCCCGGCUGUCUGGUCUCUGCCUUCAGGGCUCGUCGCGAAGUCGUUCAAGGUUCCCACAUGCGGAGCUGAGACGUGUUUGGCUUCGUCAAAUGGCACAUUUAUUGCCACCGGCGCAUCCAAUGGCACUGCACCCAGCGACCUUGGACAACUAUGCUCUCUUCCCCAGGAAGACGUCACACGUUAUGUACAGACUGUACAACCGUGCAUCGAUGGCGAUGCAGGCAGAGCAAACUGCACGGAAGGGGCGAUCUAUCAGUACAAAGACCUGCUGAAGAGUGUCUGUGCGAGCGAUGCCUACCAUAGGACCGUCCAGUGGGCCUGA